AUGCAACGAACUCUUGAGUAAAGGUAAACCACUGAAUAAAUUAGGCGAAAUAACAAUUAAAAUAAUGCAGAUCUUCUCCUUUCAGUUUAUGAAUUAACUGCAAGGUCUUCUCUAUAAAUUGGACAAAGACCUAGAUAAUAGAGUCAAAGUAGAGAAAAAUAUAAAUUUAAAUAAUGCGAAUAAAAGAAAGUCGAUCUGAUGAGUAUAUCAUCACCAGGAAGUUAAAAAAAGCUACCUCUUUCACCUUAGUUAAAAUUAUAAUCUCCCAGAGAACCUGGCUUAAUUUUUAAUUUAAUUAGAGCAGCAAACAAUGCAAUUGAAAAUAACACUGAUGAUAAGAUCAUUCGAACCUAUAUGUAAAUUAGAACAUAAGUGGAAAUGAGAUUGGAUGUCUUAGAAUCUGCUGAUUCAUUAGCUGUGCAAUUAGAAAAGAUCAAAUAAGAAAAUGAUACCUUAAGAAAAAGAGUCAGUGAUAACAUCAAUUCACAAUCUCUAUCCAAUCUGGCAUAAUUAAAGAUGUAAUUGCAGAAAGCCGAAAAGAAAGCAGAAAGUAGAAAAGUGUGCAUCAAGAAAUUGUAUUAGUUAUUAGACAAGAGUGAAAAGGAAUUGGAAUUGUAUAAAUCAGGUAAGAAAAGUGCCAAAACAUCUUUCUCCAAAAAGAAUGAAUUGAAUGAAAUAUUAAAUGGGGCGUAUCCAAAAAACAAAGAAAAUUUCCCAGAAACCUAUGAACCCUUGUUAUUAUCUUUAAUUAAGGAUCUAGAUUAGAAGAAUUAUGAGGCUAUUGAAAAUCUAUCAAAGAACAAUAGUUUGAAUGGAGACAUCGAAAAUGAGAAGAGCACUCUCAUCCAAAAUUCAUUAAAAUCCUUUAAGCAUAUGUGUGAAUAAAAGGAGGAGAUUCUCAAAUAUUCUGCUCAAAUCUGUGAGAAUAAUCAAGAUUUAUGGAAGAAGUUUCUAGAAAUUGAUUUAACAUGUUAAAAAUAGAUUUCUACUCUUCGAUAAGCUAUAUCUGAAUUAGAAACUAAUAUUAAAUCUUAUUAUUAAUAUUUAAAUAAGAUUGGUCACCACUCAGCAUUAAAAUUCCAAGACGCUUAUUAAUUUUAAGGAGUUAUUGGUGAUAGCAUAGCAAAAUGGCUGAAAUAAUUAGGUGAAAUCUAGGAAAUCAUUAAUUAAAGAGAAUCUGAAUAAUAUGAGUUUUAAUAAUUUCAAGAAACUCUUGUAAUGAGAUUGAAAGAGAUCAUCCAAAAUAAUAAGAUAGUCCAUAAAUAAAAUGAUUUUAAGGGGUUACUUGAUGCCAUUAAUGAUAAAUUAUUCAACCAAUCUGAGGAAAUAUUAAUAAUUAAUAAAGAAUUAAAUAACACUCAUAUUAAAGCCAAGCAAUAGAUAGAAGAAAUAUAAAGUAAAUAUAAGUUAGAAUUUUAAAAUUACGAAUUGCAGCUCAAAAAUUAUAAAGAACUUCAUGAUCAACUUUCUAACACUAAUAAGGAAUUAUUGCUUAAGAGCGAAAGCCUAUAGAAUGAAUUUAACAGAUAAACCUAAAUCAGUGUAUCUGCAUUAUAAAAUAAACAAUAGGAAAUUUUAAAUCUAAAUGAAUAAACUAAAAAACUAAAAGAAGACAUCACUAAAUCAUAAGAACUCAAGUUGACAUACAAUGAAUAACAAACAUAAAUUAGUUAAUUAAAAAAAGAAAUCGAAAGAUUGAAUUAAGUUAUUUUAUAAAACUAAUUGAAAUCAUCUUAAUAAGAAGAAAGUCAAUUAACAAUAAUCGAAUAGAAUAAAUCAGAAAUUACAAGACUGCAUUAAUUAAUUAUUGAUCUUCACAGCCAAAUAGAGUAAUCAGAUAAUUAGAUAUCCUUACUAACAGAAGCUGAACAGAUACUAAAGGAUAAAAUUAACAAAGACAAUCUAUUAUUUUAAGAGAAGCUUAAAAAAUUGUAAGAAAUCAUUUCAAAUAAAGAAAUUGAGCAUAGUGCAUUGGAGGAAGAAUACAAAGCUAUUUAAUCAUAAAAUAUUGAAUUUUAUUCUCAACAGCAAUAAGAUUAAGAUACAAUUAAACUGAUGAAAAAAGAUUACCAAAAGAAUUAAGAAUAGUAUGAACAAAAGAUUAACGAAUUCAUUAAAUUAUCUGAAAAUUAAUUGAAUGAAAUUAAAGAUCUAUCUGAGAAAUAUUAAUAAACUGAAAAUGAAAGAAGAAACUAAGAGGAAAGUAUCUCCAAACUCAAAAAAGAAUUACUUAAAUAAACUAAUGAUCAUUAAAAGUAAGUUAAGAUUUUGCAAGAUUAACACAAAUAAUCAUAAGAAAUAUUAUAAUAGAAAUUAUAAUCUUUUGAAAGACUAAAUGAAUAAAAUUAAAUGAUUAUUGGUGAAUAAAAGAAACUAUUAAAUGAAUCAUAAAUAUAAUUAUAGAGAGCCAAUUUAGAGAAUGAGACAUUAUUAUAAAAUAAUAGUGAAUCAAUGCAAUCAAUAAAAGAUUAGUAUGAAUUGUAAGCAUUAGAAUUGAAUUAGACAAAGUAAGUUGUGCUUGAUCAAUAGGAAUUGAUCUAAAAUUAAUAAUUAUUAUAUCAUGAUGCAUAACAAGAAUGCUCAAAAUAUAAGAAAUACGUAGAACAAUAGGACAAUAUCAACAAAUAAAACCAAUCAGAAUUGAAUAAAACAAUAUAAGAUCAAACAGCUCUAAUAAACUAAUUAAAAUCUAAUCUUGAAGUCCUUGAUAAAAAGUUAAUGGAAAAGAAUAUGUCAACAGAAUAAUUAUAUCAAGCUUUAAGUGCAACUUAGAAUCAACUUGAAUAAUUGAAAUUGGAAUCAACACAACUUAACAAUAAUAUCUAGCAAUAAUAAUAAACUAUAGAGAAUUUGAAAUCUUAGUUAUUAAAUGAAUAGGAACAGCAUGAAACAUUAUUAUAACAAAUGCAAAAUUAAUUGUAAUAAGUUUAAGAAUAAAACAAUUAAGAAAAAGAAUCUAAAUUACUAGAAAUUAGUUAUUAAAUCUAAGAUUUGUAGAACUAACUUUAAUAAUAAAAAGAAUAAUAUGAAAAAGUUAUUGAAUAGCAUUAAAAUUAGAUCAAAAAUAAUUAGGACAACUUAGAUUUAGAGCUAUAAUAAAAAGAAAAUUUGUUGAAUCAAAUUAAUUAAUAAAUGUAAUAAUAAAUUUAGAAGAAAGAGGAAGAGAAGUAGGGUUUACUUGAGUAGCUCUCAACUUCCGAAAACAAAAUAGCUUUAUUAGAAUAAAAAAAUAAAGAUAUUUACUCAUAGUCAUCAUCCAAUCAACAAUUAUAUAGGUAAUUAAUUCAAUAGUUAGAAACACUUUAAUAGGAAUCUUAAAAUGAAUAGUAGAAAUGGAAAGAAUAACUUUAAUUGAAGGAUGAAAAAAUUAGAACAAUAGAAAUUAAUUAUAAAUCUGAAAUUGGUAAAUUAAAUGAUCAAUUCAAAUAAAUAAAUGAAAAGAGAAAUUAAAUAGAAUAAGACUAACUUAAAAUGAUUAAUGAAGAAUAAAUAAAAGAACAAGAAGUAUUACAAUUAAAAGAAUAAUUAAAAUAAAAAUAAAAUGAAGUUGAUUAAAUUGAUAAGUUAUUAAAUGAAAAACUAUUAGAUAAUGAAGAAUUGAAUGGAAAAUUGAUGUUGAUUUCCAAAGAAGUGAGUCUUUAUAAAGAUUAAAAUUAAGAUUUAUAAUAAUAAAUAUUUGGAUAAUCAGAAUUAAAUUCAAAAACAAUAAGUAACUUAAAUUAGAAGAUUGAAGAAUAAAACAAAUUAAUAGCUCAACUACAGAUAUAAGUGAAAGAUCUUGAAAGCUAAAUGAAUUUAUAGUUAAGUGAAAUGGUUUUGCAAUAAUAAGAUUUAGUUAAAAAGUAAUAAUAACAAUUAGAGAACAAUUAUAAUGAGUUAAAUGGAAUAAAAAAUUAGUUCUCGGAUUUAUAAAAUAAAAAUGCAGAACAAUUGAAACAAAUAGAAAUAUUGCAAGAAGAUAUAAAAAAGAAAGAAAAUUAAAUAAAAGAUCUCCAUAAUUCAGUGGAUUAAAAAUAGGAGGCUAUUGACAACAUAAAUGAUGAAAAUAAACUGAAAUAAAUAGAAAUAGAUAAUAUGUUUAAUCUAUUAAAAGAUCGAGAUUAAGAAAUUUAAAAUCAAAUUUAAAUAUUAAGUAACCAAAAAAAGUUACAGGAGAAAUUGGAGCAAGAAUUUGAUGAAAAACUAAUUAAUUUAAGUUAAUCAAAUUAGGAAUAAACUGAAUUAAAACAGUUAAUACAAUCCAUGUAAGCUGAGAAGGAAAAAGUAACAGAGGAAUUGUAAUAGAAGAAUGUAAAUUUGGUUGAAACCCUAAAAAAUCAAUAAAUAACUUAUCAAUAAUUGAAUGAUUAAUUAUUAUCUAAAGAGAAAGAGACAUAAGAAUAAGGCAUUUUAAUUGAAUAAUAUUAGUAAUAAGUAUUGCAAUUAAACGAAUAACUGACUAUGAUAAUGGAAGAAAAGUCAUAAUUGAAUUUGAAGAUUCAUUAAAUGAGAACAAAUAUUGAGAAAAUUUAAUAAGACUUAGAAAUUAAAAAUAUUUAAGUAUAAAAUUGUGAUUUGACAGCAGAGAAUCAGAAGUAGGAAUUGGAGAGUUAAAUAAAUGAACUUGGAAAUUAAAAUAGGGAAUUGGUCAUGAGAUUGAGUGAAUUACAAGAGGAGAAUACUGAUUUAAUAGAAGAAGUGAGAAGGAGGGAGAAUGAAUAUAGAUUAAAGAUUUUUGAGAUUGGGGAGAAGAAUCGAAUUGAAAAUUAGGAAUAGAACAAAAUUAAUUAGAUUUUAUAAUAGGAGUUAUCUAUUUAGGAGGUAAGUGAGGAGAAUGUUAUAAAUGCAUUAACUUAAAUAAAGAAUGAAUUUUAAGAAUUAUUAGACAAGUAAUCUUAAUAUUCAACAUUGAUAUUUUAAUUAUAUUCUGAAUUAUUGACAGAGGAUGAAGAAGAAGAUGUUGAAAAGUAGAUAUAGGUGAUUAGUAAUUAAAUAGUUGGAUUAAUUGAUGUUCGAGAUAAAUAUAAGAAAAUACAAAAUGAAUUCGAAGGAGAAGGUGAUAUUCUCAUGAAAAUUAAGGAGUUGAAGUAGAGUGAAUAGAAGAAGUAAAGCAAUAAUGUAUAGGAUGUAAAAUCAAUAGAGGCUUAUUCGUAAUUAUUGGAUGGACUUAUGCAAGAAUUCUUACAUAAUAGAGUUAAUUUGACUAUGCAAUCUAUGAAAUCCUUAUUGACAGAGCAACAAAGACAAAAUGUUAAUGAAUAUAGAAAGAAGAUUGGGGAAAUAUAGAAUAAGUUAUUGUAAGCAGAAAAAUAAUAAAAAUGCAUUGAUGACACAAAAUUCAAUUUAUAACAAUAUUAAUAGAUUGUCGAUAAAUCAGAAUAAAAAGCUAUGUAUUACGAGAUGGAAUGCAAGAAGUUAGUUUAAUAAAUAUAGGAGAUGAAAUAAAACUUGCCUCAGAGAAUGAGUUUUAAUGAUUUGGAUUAAGAUCAGUCAGAGCAACAUAGUUUAAAUAUUUUGAAUUUUUCAUUAAGACAGGAAAUCUUAUAUGGAGAUGACUCAUUUUUUGAUAACAUUAGUUAAAUUUAGGAUGAAGAUGUACAUAAGAAAUGCCAGCAAUAAAUUUUUCACUUAGUUGAAGAAUGCUAGUUAUUGCAGGAAUAAUUAAAUAUGUAGAAGGAGGACAAGAAUAUUGAAAUUAAAUGAUAUAUUUUUUAUAAUAGUAAUUUACUUGAUUAAA